AUGGCAUCGGACCCGCCUGAUGGAGAGUUUUUACCGUUCGUCUAUUCGGAGCUCACGAACGCCCUGCGGGAGCAGGAGGCGUUUGGGAUCAAGAACGCGGCGAUCACCCACUUUUCGUCUUUCGAGGCUGUAGCUCACGUUGUCUUACUCGAAGGGAGGACGGUGGUCGUCUCGCUUACUUCACGAGGAUACACCCUUGGCGUUGAGCCAGAGAGAGACGACCCCGACGCUGCAGAACCUUUUGGUACGACGUUUGAGAGCAUAGAAGCAUUGUUGCAAUGCGUUAGUCCCAUGUACCUUGCCGCAAGGCAGGCUGCGCUCUCGAGCAAAUUGGGUCUGCUGUCUUAG